GCUCAAGCUCAAGCUCAAGCUCAAGCUCAAGCUCAAGCUCAAGCUCACGCCCAGGCACAAGCUCAGGCACAAGCGCAAGCUCAAGCUCAGGUGCAAAAUAUGAUGCCUGGACCUGCCGCAGCAGUACAGGGGGGCCAGAUGGGUUUAUCCCAACCCGCGAAUCCAGCCGCACAACGGCCAGGGGUCCCAAUGCAACAACCGAUGACGCUGAAACCCGAGCAGAUUAUGGUGCUCGAUUCCAAAGAAGUCGAUCCCGCGAUUCUGGGUCCGGUCUCACGCCAAAUCCCGCCACAGUUCAAGAAGUGGGGUGAGUUGAAGCAAUGGGCUCAGCAGAACAUGCCCGAACUAUUGGAAACCAUCAACGCGAAGCAGCUUAGAUGGGCGUAUCAGCAGAAGAUGCAGGCGUUGCAGGCAUUGCGACUGAGGGGACUUGCGGCCGGUGCGCAGCCCGGUGGUCCUCCAGGUCCGGGCGUCGGUCCUGGGGCUCUACCGAUAAAAUCUCCACUGGCGAGCCUGCCUCCACAGUUGGCCCAGCAGGUUGCCAACAUGACCGACCUGCAGAUCCAGCAGAUGCACAAGCAGAAUGCAGCCGGCGGCUUGAAUCCCCAACAGCAACAGAUCCUCCAGAUCGCGAUCCAGUACAUGAGAUUCCGACAUCUGCGAACCCAACAGAUGCAGCAACAGCAGGCCCUUGCCGCUGCUGCCGCCUCGCGUCCUCCGUCCGCGCCAGUUAGUCCCGCCGAGACCGCUCCGAUGCAAGUGCCGAAGCCGCCCGUCGCUGCACCCGCGCAGCCACUACAGAAGAGGCAGACCGCUUCUCCCACCCUGUCAAAGAAGGUCAAGGUUGAGCCGGAGGAGCCGAAAAUGGUGCAGCGUCCACCGUCGCAAGCCGAGGUCGCAAGGCCCACCCAGGUUCCGCACAACCUUGCACACUUCACCCAGUCGAAUGCAUCCGCUGUGAAGCCCAAACAGGAGCCGACCGUUCAGCAGCCACCGCCACCACCACCGCAGAAUGCGCCCGCACAGGCAUCUCAGAGGCCACCGGUCGACCUCACUCAGCAGUCGCAGAUUGUCUUUGAGCAGUUGAUAUACAUGUCGAAGGAGGAGCAGAAGAACCCUCCCGUGCGGCCGGUCGUCGAGAUGCCACCACAGGAGAAGGAGGAGCUGAGGAAUAAUCUUAUUCUUAACGCGACUAAGAUGCUCAUUAAGCGGACUGAUCACCUACUGCCCAUGUGUCUGCUCCUUGGAGGCGAUGCUACGAAUGCUAGGGAACUAAUGCGCGCGAAAAACCUGUUGGCGUCUCAAUAUGUUCUUCCUAGCGGGGAGGUCAAGGAGAAUCUCACGAUAGGACUGCAGGAGUAUCAUCAUUGCUACAGGUUUCUAUUGAAGUAUUUCAACAUGGUCAAGGCGGAGAUGUCGAAGAUGAACCAGAUCGAUCCCGAGAAGGCUAAGGCGUUCACGGCCGCCAUCCAUCAACUCACUCAGCGGACGGCCCCGCGUGCGCCUGGAGCACCCGGAGCACCUGUGCCACCCGAGGCUGCUGCCGCUGCUGCCACGGCUCCGUCCCAGCAACAGACCGCCCUCAAUGCCAACAAUCUGCAACGGCAUGCGGAGCAGCUUGCGGAGCAGCAUCGGCUGGCCCAGAAGGCUGGCCGGAUGUCGCCGGAUGGUAGCCCGCCUAUCGUCAUCAAGCCGUCCCUCACCGUCGAUGAUCUGAGACUUCCCAACAACCGCAAGCGAAAGUCGAACGAUCAGCCGGAAAAUGCGUCGCCGUCAAAAAUCCGCUCUCCCAAGCCCGCCACCCCGCAAGUCACAGCUUCGCCCCAGCCCAAGGCCCGUCCGCCCCCGCCCGCCGAGAAGAAAUUCAAGUGUGACAGACCGGGAUGUACCGGUGCGUUCACCCUCGGCAACGAGUUGGCGGAGCACCACAAGAUGCACGAGCGCGAUGCCGAGAGACGGCGCCUGGAAGGGGAGAGAGCCAAGUUCAAGAUCGAGAAUCCUCUGGAAUACACGCUCUCCUCGGUUGCCGGUGCACUCCAUCUGAACCGAGACGGAACGAUGAAGGCUUCUCCCGCUCCCGGUGGUCUUACCCCGCGGCCCAGUGCAUCAUCCACCCCACAGAUCAAGGCUGGCUCCUCACCGCUCCCUCCCGGCUCGACCCCGCUUAGGAACGCGAUGACACCCAAGGCUAAGUCGCCAUCGCAGUCCAAGGUGUCGCUCCCCGUUCGCACGGCGUCGGGCUCCAAGCCCGUCGCACCAGACGGCGAGCAGGUUCCGACCCCGCCUACGACGUUUUGGGACACGGCCGGCUCUCCGAUGGCACUGCACCAGUGUUUCGAGGGGAUCGAGGACAUUUCGCCUCUGAGCAAACUCGACAGCUCGCUAUUCACGCCCGCGUACACACCCGAGGACACCACCGGCGACGAGAAGCCACCAACGAUGAGCAACUACGAGGACUGGGAUCCCUUCGGCAUGAAGGAUGUGUGUGGCUCCGAGAUCCUGCAGGAGGUUGUGUGGGAUACGGGCGGCAUGGAGUCGUCGGUGUGCUCGGUCAAGGAGGGUGCGUCCUGGGGUGAGGCGAGCGGGUUCAUGAUGUUUGUCCAGUAAUCUCCAUUUUCUUCUUCAUUCUUUGGGAUGCUUGUUUACGGGGAAGAGGAUGGGCAUAUACGGUGGGGAUGGGCGUAUACGGUGGGGAUGGGCGUUUUUUACUGUAAUCUUUGUGCCAUUUCACUUUUCGAUUCUUCAUUGAUUGUUUGGUUUGAUUUUUUUGCUUCUUUCAUUUUGCGGGCGUAUGGGCGGCGAAGGGGAUGGGGUAAUUUUUUGUUUCGUGGCUUUGAAUGUGAUUUGCAUUUUGAUUGUGGACUGUGAUUGACUGGUUGACGAAAAUGGACUGGACCUGACGGGACGGGAUCGGGAUGUAUUGAUUGAUGUGAUGUGGGAAUACCUAUGGAAUCUGGAUAGUGUGGGAUACCUAUGAAUACUGUGGGAGGGAG